GCAGAAGACCAGUUGCGCCGUGAAAAGAACUUGGAAGAAGCCAAGAAGAUUAUCAUUAAGAAAGAUCCUAGCCUCCCAGAACCCAAAUGUGUGAAGAUUCGGGCACUGGAGGCCUACCGAGGGGAGAGGGUUAAGGUUUUUGGCUGGGUUCACAGAUUGCGUAGACAAGGGAAAACCCUCAUGUUCAUUGUGUUAAGAGAUGGCACAGGCUAUCUUCAGUGUGUCUUGUCUGAUGAUCUGUGUCAGUGUUACAAUGGUGUGCUCCUCUCGACAGAGAGCACGGUGGCUGUCUAUGGGACCCUCAACCUUGUUCCGGAGGGGAAGCAGGCUCCAGGAGGCCACGAGCUAUGUUGCGACUACUGGGAACUCAUUGGCCUGGCUCCUGCGGGCGGCGCCGAUAAUCUGGUCAACGAGGAGUCAGAAGUGGACGUCCAGCUGAACAACCGGCACAUGAUGAUUCGCGGGGAGACCCUAAGCCGGAUCUUGAAAGUGCGCUCCACCGUCGUCCAGUGCUUCAGGGACCACUUCUUUGACCGAGGAUAUUAUGAGGUCACUCCGCCGACGUUGGUUCAGACGCAGGUAGAAGGGGGAUCGACUCUCUUCAAAAUGGAUUACUUUGGUGAAGAGGCCUUCCUGACUCAGUCUUCUCAGCUGUACUUGGAGACCUGCAUCCCGGCAAUGGGAGAUGUUUUUUGCAUUGCCCAGUCGUACCGAGCUGAGCAGUCCCGGACACGCAGGCAUCUGGCUGAGUACACGCACAUAGAAGCGGAAUGCCCUUUCAUGAGCUUUGAGGACUUGUUGACCCGUUUAGAGGAUCUCGUCUGUGAUGUUGUGGACAGAGUCUUGAAAUCUCCUGUGUCUGACUUGCUGUACGCCCUCAACCCAAACUUUGAGCCUCCCAAGAGGCCCUUCAGGCGAAUGAACUACACCGAUGCCCUUGUAUGGCUCAAACAACAUGACGUGAGGAAGGAAGACGGCUCCUAUUACGAAUUUGGAGACGAUAUCCCAGAGGCUCCCGAGAGACAGAUGACGGAUGCCAUUAAUGAGCCGAUCUUGCUGUGUCGAUUUCCUGCAGAGAUAAAGUCCUUCUACAUGCAACGCUGCCCUGAGGACUCUCGCCUUACUGAAUCUGUCGAUGUGUUGAUGCCCAACGUUGGUGAGAUCGUUGGAGGCUCCAUGCGUAUUUGGGAUAGCGAUGAGCUGCUGGAAGGCUAUAAGAGAGAAGGCAUCGACCCCACCCCUUACUACUGGUAUACAGACCAGCGUAAAUACGGCACGUGCCCUCACGGUGGCUACGGCCUGGGCCUGGAAAGAUUCCUGACCUGGAUCCUUAACAGGCAUCACAUUCGAGAUGUGUGUCUGUACCCACGCUUUGUCCAGCGAUGCAAACCCUAAUCGAGAUCCCUCAAUGAAGCUGGUGGACCCGGCCAACCUUUGGGAAAAGGAAAACCCUCUUUGCUCUGAAGAGCGGAACACGCAUCGUCCCGCAGGAAACGAAAAACAAAUCUCAGCGUCCUUUUGUCAAAUGCCAACGUGAUUGCUUAAAAUUUGAAUUUAAAUUGCAGUUUGCUAAUUUCAGGAACUUCUCCUUUUUUUUACCCAGUGCCUCCGUCCACAUUCUAUUGGUCUAUUUGAAUGAAAUGGCUCCAGUCCUGUUGAUGUUCGCGUAAGGCCUGUCUGGCUUGCUGCAGCUAAUGGGUGAGGUUCUGGGGCACCUCUCGGUUGCACCCGUGACUGGGGAGCAAUCCAGACACCUCCCGACACCUCAUCAUUUUGUCACGGCAAGCUAUGUAAAUCUUACGUGAAGCCUACUAAGAUUCUGGCCAUGGAUUCCAAGGUUCAAUAACUGACAUGCAAGACUUGGGUGUCACUAUAAUAAGUUGUUUCAAGGUGCACCUCUUACAGCGGUGGUAAACAAAUCCUGUAAAAGAUUAUUUGGUAACCUUUCAACAAAUCUGGAUUUAGAGCCUGGCUUCUAACAUGGAGAAAUCAGUAGUAAAAUUGAAUAAUUAGGGCU